AUGAUCGCCAUCAUGCCAUCAGGCUUCGCCGUGUUACCAAUUCGUACGGACUUGACGUUGCAAGAGUCUCGGCUGUCCAAGUCACUACGGCGCAGUAGCGACUGCCGUCAGGUCAUCAAUCUUUCCGUUGAAGUGCCUUCACGCCAAGGCUAUCUAGGACUCAGGGCCGUUGCGGGCCGUGAUAUUUAUGGCGGUGCGAAUUUAGUCUUCUCACGCGGUUGGCAUGUUGGACAGCCUCUAGGCCUUUUAAAGAAGAGCCUCAUAUUGGCGCUUAUUACACUGGACCUUCUGGUCUGUGCUCCCCGCACUUCAUCCUCUUCAUCCUACAAACAUAGUCUAGUCGUCAAGGAUACAUUCUCGAAGCAUGGCUACAAGUGGCUUCUUCAAUAUGAGUACAAGCAUGGAAUUAUCGCUACCUCCGGGCAUGAUGUCAAGACUGUUCGACAGGCAGUGAUGAUGUACAUUGUGGCCAAAAAGAAAAAGGGUUGCACUGAACAACACAUACACGAAAAAUUAGGAAAAUUGGAGCGCAAGUUCAUGCACAUAGAGGCAUUACAUCCCGCUUGGAGAGAUGCUCGAGCCUUAUUCCAGCUUCGCAAAUCUGAUCACAUCCCUAUGCCUACAUCCAUUAUUCGCCAGCGUGAAAAAGAGGAGCGUCGCCAAAUGGAGCAGGAGUCGUCCUCGAUGAUACUCUCGAGCCCAGUUGCUUCUUCCCCAACAUCAUCUUCAGCAUUCCCUUACACAUCGUCUUCAGCAUCCACUGAUACGUCGUCUUCAGCAUCCACUUAUACGUCGUCUUCAGCAUCCACUUAUACGUCGUCUUCAGCAUCAACUCGUCCUGCAUCAGUCCCGUCUAUUGCGUCAGUGCCAUCCAACUCGCCAUCGCGUCUAAGCUGGGAUAUCACAAGCAAAAAGGAUCAACCAGGACAUCACGCCCCAUCUCAUACUCGUUCAUCUCGCCGUGAUACAGCAUUAUCCUUAUUCUCCGACUAUGGUGACGACUGA